GGGAUGCUUGAGACGAAGAUGGCGUUUUUGUGUAUUUGCUAAUGUUCUACCGCCUAUGUUGCUAAUGCUAUUUGCUGUUAGCGUUGGCUGAAAGACGAUACAAAAGCGACUAAGACGACUUUUGAGUCUCCUGGGCUUCUGACUCCCUGGAGGAUACUUUGGCAGUGCCGGUGGUCUGCACGGGGUUCUCAGGAGGAUGAAGGUAGUCAACCUCAAACAGGCCAUUCUGCUGGCGUGGAAGGAGCGUUGGAGUGACUACCAAUGGGCCAUCAACAUUAAGAAGAACUUCCCCAAAGGAGCCAAAUGGGACUACCUCAACCUGGCAGAGGCUCUGCUGGAGCAGGCCAUGAUUGGCCCAUCGCCCAACCCGCUGAUUCUGUCCUAUCUGAAGUAUGCCAUCAGUUCCCAGAUGGUGUCAUAUUCCAGUGUGCUGACGGCAGUAAGUAAGUUUGACGACUUCUCCCGGGAGCUGUGCGUCAAGUCCCUGCUGGAAAUAAUGGACAUGUUCUCCCAUCAGCUCAGCUGCCACGGGAAGGCGGAGGAGUGCAUGGGGCUGUGCCGUGCCCUGCUGGGCGUGGCCGUCUGGCUGCUGCAGGGCUGUGCCUGGUACUGCAAGCGGCUGCGGGAGCAAGGCGAGGCCGCGGGGGAGGCCAGCCUCAGGGCCUGCCAGGAGCGCCUGGAGAGCCUGCUGCUCAGCACCAAGAACAGGGCCCUCAUCCACAUCGCCCGUCUGGAGGAGCAGACUUCCUGGUCCAGUGUCGAGCAAGCUUUGUCUCGAGUGUCAGAGAACCUCAGCGGGCUGUCCAAUCAGACACUCAGAAGCAAGCUGGAGGAAUGCCUGUCAUUGGUGAAGAGUAUCCCCCAGAUGUUGACAGUGCAGCCUGACCCUCCUUUGCACACCUCGUUCCCUUCAGUCCACGCCUUCAUCGUGCUGGAAGGCACCAUGAACCUGACGGGCGAGACGCAGCCCUUGGUUGAACAGCUGAUGAUGAUCAAAAGGAUGCAGCGCAUCCCAGCCCCCCUGUUUGUGCUGGAGAUCUGGAAAGCCUGCUUCACCGGCCUAAUCGAGUCCCCCGAGGGCACGGAGGAGCUCAAAUGGACUGCGUUCACCUUCCUUAAGAUUCCCCAAGUCCUUCUAAGACUGAAGAAGUAUCCUCAGGGAGAGAAGGUACAGGACUUCAUGGAGGACGUGAAUGUGGCCUUUGAGUUCCUUCUCAAACUCACACCUCUGCUGGACAAAGCUGACCAGAGGUGCAACUGCGACUGUCUCAGCCUGCUGCUCCAGGAGUGCAAUAAGCUGGGAUUGCUGUCAGACUCCAACACCACCAAUCUCACAGCGAAACGGGAGUACGCCCCACGUCUGAAAACAGCAGAAAACGCAAACAUUCAGCCCAACCCGGGCCUCAUCCUGCGGGCGGAGCCCACGGUGACCAACAUCCUGAAGACCGUGGACGCAGAUCACUCCAAGUCUCCGGAGGGGCUGCUGGGAGUUCUGGGACACAUGCUCUCCGGGAAGAGCCUGGACCUGCUGUUGGCGGCUGCUGCGGCCACCGGGAAGCUCAAGUCCUUCGCCAGGAAAUUCAUCAAGCUCAACGAGUUUCCUAAGCACAUCAGCGGUGAAGGAUCUAAGUCGGCCUCAGUGCGGGCCCUGCUGUUUGACAUAUCCUUCCUGAUGCUCUGCCACGUGGUGCAGACCUACGGAUCAGAGGUGAUCCUGUCUGAUCCUAGCCCCUCUGGGGAGACCCCGUUCUUCGAAACCUGGCUACAGACCUGCAUGCCGGAGGAGGGGAAGACCCUGAACCCGGACCACCCCUGCUUUAGGCCAGAGUCCGGGAAGGUGGAGAGCCUGGUGGCCCUGCUCAACAACUCCUCUGAAAUGAAGCUUGUUCAGAUGAAGUGGCAUGAGAUUUGCCUUAGCACACCGGCGGCCAUCUUGGAGGUGCUGAACGCCUGGGAGAACGGGGUACUUUCGGUGGAGUCAGUGCAGAAAAUCACAGACAACAUCAAGGGGAAGGUGUGCAGCAUGGCCAUCUGCGCCGUGGCCUGGCUGGUGGCCCACGUCCGCAUGCUGGGCCUGGACGAGCGGGACAAGCCCCAAACCAUGAUCCGCCAGCUCAUGACCCCACUGUACGGGGAGAACACGCUGCAGUUCUACAACGAACGGGUGGUGAUCAUGAGUUCCAUCCUGGAGCACAUGUGCGCGGACGUCUUCCAGCAGACGGGCGUGGCGCUGCGGCCCCCGGUGGAGGGCCAGGAGCCCGUGCCUUACCGGAACCUGCUGCCGGCCCGCGAACCCAUCCGGGAGGCGCUGGGGAAGCAGUUCAGGGCGGUGCUGCGGAAGGGCUGGGUGGACAGCCGCGCCCUUCACCUCUUCGAGAGCCUGCUGCACAUGGGCGGGGUCUUCUGGUUCACCAACAACCUUGUCAAGGAGCUGCUGAAGGAGACGCGUCAGGAGUGGGCGAUGCGGGCGGUGGAGUUGCUCUACAGCAUAUUCUGCCUGGACACCCAGCAGAUCACCCUCACCCUGCUGGGCCACAUCCUGCCCAACCUGCUGACCGACUCGGCGCACUGGCACAGCCUGGCCGACCCGCCGGGCAAAGCCCUGGCCAAGCUGUCCGUGUGGUGCGCUCUCAGCUCCUAUUCCUCCCACCACAAGGGGCAGGCUUCCGCCCGCCAGCGCAAGAGGCAGCGAGAGGACAUCGAGGAUUACAGCAGCUUGUUCCCAUUGGACGAUACACAGCCAUCCAAGCUAAUGCGACUCCUAAGCUCCAAUGAGGAUGAGCCGGUCGUCCUCUCCAGCCCAGGUGACCGGACCAUGAGUAGUUCCCUGUCCGCCUCCCAGCUUCACACCGUCAACAUGAGAGACCCUCUCAACAGAGUCCUGGCAAACCUGUUCCUGUUGAUCUCCUCCAUCCUGGGCUCGAAGACCGCCGGCCCACACACGCAGUUUGUCCAGAGCUUCAUGGAGGAGUGUGUGGAGUGCCUGGAGCAGGGGACCCGCGGCAGCAUUCUGCAGUUCAUGCCUUUCACCAUGGUGUCGGAGCUGGUGAAGCUGCCUGCCCUGGCCAAACCAAAAGUGGUCCUGGCCAUAACUGACCUAACGCUGCCGCUGGGAAGAAGGGUGGCAGCCAAGGCCAUCGCCGCCCUGUAGAGCCCAGUGACAGCUUCUCGAUUUCCUCAAGCAACCCCUGUUCCUGUCACAAGGUCAUCCUCUGCAAAUUCAGAAGCGGGUUAGAAGCAGAGCUCCACUCGACUCCCUGCCAUUGUCUCAAUAGUUACGUGCUGAUUUUUUCCAUUAUUGUGAACAAAGAACGUUGUACUUGUCAGUUUUUUUUAUUUAUUUUUUUAUAAAAAUUUUAUGGGAAUUAUGUGCUCUGGUAUCAUUUCCAAAGCGGCAUCCAAAAACUGGAGAAAGCUGUGUUUUUUUGGUUUGUUUCUUUAGUUUUGUUUAGUUUUUUUGUUUUUUUCACAAAGCAUAAUCAUACCGUAUCGCCACGAUGUCAUAAAAUGUAUUGGAGACAUAUCUAGGGUGGGGAAAAAAAACUCCAACUCAUUUAUUAUUUUCUCUUAGUGUGAAUUGAAGAGGGCUAUCCACAUGCACAAAACAAACAUCUUGAAUGAUUCCCUAGAAACGGUAUGAGGGGGUUAAUCUUUUACAAAUUUCUCCUCCUGACAGAACCUCAAAUAUUCUCUAAUAUACUUCAUCAAUCCCUUUCACAUGUAAAAACCUGAGCUCAGUUUGGGCAUGUUCAUGUGUCUGGGCAUGUACCUGUCUGACAUUCAUUAUAACUGGGAUACAAAUUCAAGCCUUAAGUAACAAAUAUGCUUAAUGUUAUAGCCGCUACAGUUAAAUAUGAGCAGGGCCUUAAAGUUCUGAAGUACAUAGAGUAUUAAAUUACAUGAAACGUUAUCCAGGGUUUCGUUUACCAAAUUCACUCCCUCUAUACCUCAGCUGAUACAGUGUAGCUGCCUCUCGGAAGAUGGCGGAGUUUGAGUUUGAUCAUUUAAAAGGAAAAGCCCUAAGAAUUGACACAUCUUCUUGCAACUAGCGGAGUACUUUGCAACCAACAAGAAAAUGGGACAUUCCCCAGGAAAUCAAUGCCACCAUAAAGCACAUGAGUAUUAUGGUACAAAUUAUAGUGUCAUUAAUUGAUUUUGCAGUUUUUGCUAGAAUUGUUUAAAUCCUCACUUUGGUAGUGGUUGUACUCGUUUUAGUAGCUGCAGUAUUAGUAAUAGUACUUUUUGCCUAGGCUGCAUUUUAGUCUGGUUUAUUCUCUUGCAUGCAUGUCACCCUCUAUAAGUUUAUGCCAUAAAACUUCAUACUUCUACUUACAAUACUUUUUGCAAAUCCAAUAUUUAGGGGUAUUUUCUCACUCACUGCUUUUGAACUCUUGACUGUUGAAGAGAUAUUCAAUGGGUGAGAAACUAUUUUAAAAAUAUUAUACUUAUAACUGUAUUUCUCCCAGCAGGCCUUGUCAUAUACUGGUCAGAAAUUGUCCCACAUUAAUUGACACCAGGCCUACUUCCAUUCUGGAUUAAAUCACAAUGACAAAUAAAAUCAUGGAGUUGAGGUAAAAUUAAGUUUAAGUAUUUGAAUAAAUGAAGGUCUGUACCAGUUGGCAUAAAACUUGCUAAGACUGUAUUUGAUCAUGAGUAUUGAGCAUACCGGGUAUAACCUCUGUAUUUAGCGUACCGGGUAUAACCUCUGUACCGACUACAAAGUCAGUGUGACCAAACACAUUUUCCUUAAAGCAUGAAAAAAAAAAACCCAUUACAAAUGCCACAUGAUGUCAAUUCUGUCACAGGAUGUGAUGCUGUUCUUACGGAGGUGAGAUCCAUGAAUGGAGCACGGGGCUGAGUUUCACCGCAGGAGCUAGCCUGAAGGUCAUGUGGCAGGUCAUAUGUCUGUGAUCCCAUGUGAUCUAUGAUGACAGGAACCCAACUGGAGGUUUCCAGAGAAUCUGGCAACAUUCACUUGCUGUAUAACCAAACUGUAUUGAACACGCAUUUGAACAUUUGCAUAUCACAGUAGCAUUUCCAAAUACUGUUAAAAAAUAAUUUGUGAAUAAAAUCUGAGGAAUUAUUUGUUUAAA